UGAGUUAUUUGUCACAACCACAUACAAACUCAAACACACACAACACCGGCAGGUACAUUAAACACUAAAUAAAACGAAAAAAAAAUAUAUAUAAUUACACAGUUAACACAGACACUUACACAUACAAUGGCCCAAGACCCCGAGUCCACCACGGAAGCACUGCAGGUCCUGGAGACCACUGAGGCAACUGCUGAGCAGGCGGAAGUUGCCCCCGUGGUCUUGCGUCCUGAGCCAACGACAGAAGCCACAGUGGAGGUUCCCCAGUUGAAGGAGAAGAUCUCCUCCCAUCUGACGUUGACGGAGGACCAUCAGAAGGUAGCUGCCCAUGAUGACGAGCACGUUGCUCAGAAGGAAACAGGAUCAGCAACCGAGUUGGAGCCGGAGGCGGAAAGCCUGGACAAAGAACACUCUAAAAGUACACUUUCCCACAAAGAUCAUGAGCAUUUAGGGGAAGAGAAGGGCGAUGCCAAAGGUCUAGUGAAAGAUGCAGGGGAAGGUGAUAUCCUAUCGGAAGAAGCCCAGAAGAUGAAAUUGAAACGAGAACGAAAGGAGAGCCGCAAGGAAGCGAUGAACAAACGCUACACCUUUGGAUUAUCCACUGAGAGGUUCUCGGAGAAGGUUAAUAAGGAGGUGGCCCAAGAGGUGGUGGAGGAGGAAGACCAAGAGGAGGAGGAAGGAAGGAAGGAAGAAGAUAAAGUACAGUCCAUUGUCUCUAUUAUGGAAAACUUUGAUGCUGACGGCGACGAGGGAGAAGCCAGGUUGAAGUCCAAGUUUAAGGGACUCCAAAUGGAGGGUAUUUUCGGGGCCUUCCGCGAGGAUGACGACAACGGUGGCAACGAUAUCUUCUACAAGGAUCCCAGAUAUGAUAACUCUGAAACUGUUAGCCUCGCAUCCAUCAAAUCGGCUAGAUCAACCAGAUCCCUCGUGCCGGACACUAUCCAGAUGAAGGCAGAUUUCCUGCGCAACUUUGAAGUGCCCAGCCUGUCGGACAUAUCGGAGGAGCACGAGCCCGAACCCACGCCAAAACUAAUGAAAGACACUUCAUUCGAUGCUUUGACAGAGGAUACGGGCUACUAUGCAGAUGCUUUGGGUGAAGAUCAGCUUUCAAGCCAUACAUCCUCAGAAGGGUCCUCAAUUUUCGGAUAUGAGGAUCAGGAUGACGCGAUGGCAGUUGCCAGCCCAAAAGAUGGCUCUUCCGAGAUCUCCGACUUGCCCGAUAUAAUUAGCAUUACGGAUGAAAGCCCUAAAAAGAUACAGAUAACCUUUCAAGAACUUACGAAUUCCUUUCAGGAGAUUGUAAUUUGUGAACAAGAUGAUGAAGAGCAAAUCUCUAAAAGGGAAUUUGGGGUGGACACGAUAGUUCAGGAUUUCGUGGAAGAUCUUCUGCUGAAGAUAGUCACAAAUUUUGAAAGCCAAAAAAUGGAUGCCAAACUGCGCUUAAAGUUGGACAAGAGAAAGCUUUUGACCGAGUUAAGGGCCAUCACCGACGCUUACAUCUUUGAGAAGUACACCAACGAAAUGCUAAGCACCCGGCUCGUAGAAUACUACAAGCGUGUCCGUAACAGCCGCGUCUUCGCACACCUGAACGAGGACAAGGAGCAGCAGUACCUCGAACGCUACAACCAGGCCCUGGCCAAGGUUGACCACAUAAAGCUGCGCUUGGAUAAGAUGAAAUAUAACUACGCUGCACAGAUUCAAGAGCUGAACCUGAAACUUGAUUCGGCCCACAACUUUGUCUCCUUCACAGAGUUGAAACUGCAGGCCAAAAUGCACAAGUAUCUCGUACGGCCGGACUCUGAGUUCCUUAAGCGAUACGUCGACUGGGCUCUGCGACAAAUGACUGCGAAACGGAACGAGAUCGGUGACAUGCGUUUAGGCCUUAUCACCAAAAGUAACACCUUGGGUCACCUUCAGGCGAAACUCCAAGAGCUGGAAAAUCUCAGCAGCACUGUAAGCAUCCAGGACUUUAUAAUCAUUCAAAACGAUGUGAUUAGCCUGGAGAAGAAAGUUGAAGAGCGCAAUUUGGAUCUGAACAGGAUGCGUACUCAGUACCUCACGGAGGUUCACCUUACCCAUCACAAUAGGGAGAAGGCUCUUGCUCUCAGCGACAAGCUCAGACACAUGAAGAUCACGCUGGCCAACGCCAUCCAAACGCAGCGGUCUCUGCGUGGCAAUCUCUACGACCUCAAACUGGACCGCACAAGGAUCCGGGAGAAGCGUAAGGAGUUGACCUUCCAGGGUGGCAUCCUGGCGAUGCCGUCGCUGAUGUACGAGUAUGACAACACCGUUGCCCAGAUAAAGGAGAGUCAGCAGCGGGUACUGAACCUAAGGGAAAAUGCGAAGGCGCUAACUCGCCGUAUUUCACUUGCCGAAACGUCAGCAAGGAGUAUGUAGAAAUUUGUGCUCAUUAAUCCAAUCCAAUCCAAUCAAUAAACACAAAGGAAAUGCAUAACAA